GCGCUCACGUGAUGCGGUCCCGGAAGUUGACUGCUGGGCUGCGGAGCUGCGGGAGUUUCCGUGGUUCGUGCACGUCUGGUGGCGGCGGCGGCGGCGGCGGCGGCGGCGGCGCUAUGUUCUCGGCAGGAGCGGAGAGUUUGCUCCACCAGGCCAGGGAGAUCCAAGACGAGGAACUGAAGAAGUUCUGUUCCCGGAUCAGUAAACUGCUGCAGGCGGAGGACUUGGGGCCGGACACCCUCGACUCCCUGCAGAGGCUCUUCCUCAUCAUCUCAGCCACGAAGUACAGCCGGAGGCUGGAGAAGACAUGCGUAGACCUGCUGCAGGCUACCCUCGGCCUGCCUGCCUGCCCUGAGCAGCUCCAGGUGCUUUGCGCUGCCAUCCUGCGAGAGAUGUCCCCCUCUGACAGCCUCAGCCUGGCCUGGGACCACACGCAGAACAGCCGGCAGCUGAGCCUGGUGGCCUCCGUGCUCUUGGCCCAGGUAGCGCAGCAGUCACCGCCCCAGUUGGCACCGGAUGGCUGCUUCCCAAGGAACAGGGGAGACAGGAAGCAGGGGCACUGGAGCCAGCAGGGUGACAGAAACGAGGAGGUCAGAGCCGUGGGUCAGGGCGUGCUGCGAGCGCUGGAGAGCCGGCAGCCUGAGGGACCCAGCCUCAGACACCUGCUCCCCGUCAUGGCCAAGGUCGUGGUCCUCAGCCCGGGCACCCUCCAGGAGGACCAGGCCACCCUGCUCAGCAAGCGGCUGGUCGACUGGCUACGCUACGCCAGCCUCCAGCAAGGGCUCCCGCACUCCGGCAGCUUCUUCUCCACGCCCAGGGCCCGGCAGCCGGGCCCCAUCACCGAGGUGGACGGGGCGGUAGCCACAGACUUCUUCACGGUGCUCUCCACCGGCCACCGCUUCACAGAAGACCAGUGGCUGAACGUGCAGGCCUUCUCCAUGCUGCGGGCGUGGCUGCUGCACAGCAGCCCCGAGGACCCAGGCACCUUGGACACAGAUGACAGGUCAGAGCAGGAGGGCUCCACGCUGUCGGUGAUCUCCGCCACCUCCUCCUCUGCCGGCCGCCUGCUGCCGCCCCGGGAGCGGCUUCGGGAGGUGGCCUUCGAGUACUGCCAGCGCCUCAUUGAGCAGAGUAACCGACGAGCCCUGAGGAAGGGGGACUCCGACCUGCAGAAAGCUUGCCUGGUGGAGGCCGUGCUGGUGCUAGACGUGCUGUGCCGGCAGGACCCGUCCUUCCUGUACCGAAGUCUCUCCUGCCUGAAGGCCCUGCAUGGGCGGGUGUGCGGGGACCCGACCUCUGUGCGGGUGCUGCUGCCCCUCGCCCACUUCUUCCUGAGCCACGGGGAGGCGGCUGCAGUGGACUCAGAAGCCGUCUACCAGCACCUGUUCACCAGGAUCCCGUUGGAGCAGUUCCACAGCCCCAUGCUGGCCUUUGAGUUCAUCCAAUUCUGCAGGGACAACCUCCACCUGUUCGGCAGGCACCUCGGCACUCUCAGAUUGAGCUUCCCCAACCUCUUUAAGUUCCUGGCCUGGAACAGCCCACCCCUCACCUCCGAGUUUGUGGCGCUCCUCCCGGCCCUAGUGGACGCUGGCACAGCCCUGGAGAUGCUGCACGCGCUGCUGGACCUGCCGUGCUUGACGGCGGUGCUGGACCUGCAGCUCAGGUCAUCACCAGCUCCAUCCGAGAGGCCGCUCUGGGACACCUCUGUCAGGGCCCCCAGCUGCCUGGAGGCCUUCCGGGACCCGCAGUUCCAGGGUCUUUUCCAGUACCUGCUGCGCCCCAAGGCCAGCGGCGCCACUGAGAGGUUGGCGCUGCUCCACCAGCUGCUGCAGCCCAUGGCCAGCUGUGCCCGCGUGGCCCAGUGUGCUGAGGCCGUGCCCACGCUGCUGCAGGCAUUCUUCUCAGCGGUGACCCAGGUGGCUGACAGGGCCCUGAUCAACCAGCUGGCGCUGCUGCUCCUGGGCAGAAGCGACUCACUCUACCCGGCCCCGGGGUACGCAGCCCGUGUGCACAGUGUGCUGAGUUCCCAGUUCCUGGCCCUGUGUACGCUGAAGCCCUCCCUGGUGGUGGAGCUGGCGAGAGACCUGCUGGAGUUCCUGGGCAGCGUGAACGGUCUCUGCAGCAGGGCGAGCCUCGUCACCAGCGUGGUGUGGGCCGUCGGCGAGUACCUGUCGGUGACCUACGAUCGGAGGUGCACUGUGGAGCAGAUCAACAAGUUCUUCGAAGCCCUGGAGGCCCUGCUAUUCGAGAUCACCCAGUGCCGCCCCUCUGCUGCCCUGCCCAGGUGUCCCCCCCAGGUGGUCACCGUGCUGAUGACCACGCUGACGAAGCUGGCCUCCCGGAGCCAAGACCUGAUCCCCAGGGCCUCUCUGUUGCUGUCAAAGAUGAGGACCCUGGCUCAGAGUCCAGCCACCAGCUCCACGCACAGCGAGGAGGGCGCAGAAGCCAUCCGUACCCGGGCCACAGAGCUGCUGACCCUGCUGAAGAUGCCCAGCGUGGCCCAGUUUGUGCUCACACCCAGCACGGAGGUGUGCAGCCCCCGCUAUCACCGUGAUGCCAACACGGCCCUGCCCCUGGCCCUGCGCACGGUCAGCCGGCUGGUGGAGAGGGAGGCUGGCCUCCUGCCGGGGUGAAGGGACAGUGGCCAGGGACGCCAGUGCAGAUUAAGAGCCUGGGGCCGCCAGCUUGCUACUGAGGCCAGGCUGACAGCUUUAGUGAUAGAGAGGAACUCAGGAGGGCACGGGAGUCCUGGGAGAGGCUUGGCACCCUCAGAGACACGCGGGGCUGGUCCCCUGCUCAACACAGCUGAGCUGAGGGGAGCCAUGGAGCAGCUCUGGAGGCUGAGGCCCUGUGGCUGGCCUGGGUGGAGGCUGCUGGGUCUGUUUCCUAGUCUUUGUUUUUGGACAGUUUAGGGGCAGGAAGAGCUGCAGUAAAAAUAAAUCUCCUUUAAUAAG